AAAUUAUUAAAAUUCAUGAAAAAACGCAUGGACGAUUGAGAGUGACAGAGCGUUUUGAAGGAUUACCUGUUCAAUUGAAGUUUGAGUCAGCAGAGCAAAGCGACAGAAGGGAGAGACUGAUGACGGCUUGUUUCAUUCUGAAUCCUCCAUUUCAUUUCCUUCCUCCUCCUUCCCCUUCUCCUUCUACUAUAAACCACUGGUGUCUCCCUCCCAACAAAACCCAAAAGAACAUUCGAUUCUCAAACCCGAUUCUUCAUCUCCCCACUCAAUCCUCCUCUCUCCACUCUCCUCGGGUUUCUCGCCCAACAACCACCGCUGCACAAACCACCACGAGUUCCAUGGCUGCCGAUCAGACCCGGACCACCGUCGACGGCGUACCCAACGCUUCCAUGAAUCUCUUGUUCGUAGAGAUGGGUGUUGGCUACGAUCAACAUGGGCAAGAUGUUACAGCCGCUGCAAUGCGGGCUUGCAGGGAUGCCAUCUCUUCCAAUUCGAUUCCCGCCUUCCGAAGAGGUUCUAUACCUGGUGUGACAUUUGAACAGAUGAAACUGCAGAUUAAGCUAGGAGUUCCUAAACCUCUUCAACAAUUCCUAGAUAUUGAGAAGGUCAAAUCUAUCUUCCCCUACGGGGACAUUAUGAAAUUUGAAGUUGUGGAUGGAGGGCUGAUUUGCUCAAGUGGCGUGCAUGUGGAAGAAAUGGGAGAUAAGAAUGAUGACUGUUACAUCGUGAAUGCAGCCGUUUAUGUGGGUUACUAGGUUCUUGUUCAACUAUCAGGUUACUUGUGUUUUCCUGUUUCCGUUUUCUUCUCUGUAUCUACUGAACAAGAAAUCUCUUCAAUCCAUUUUGUGGUCAGCAUCGCAAUAAGCAUAACUUUUUCCUGCG